UUUCUUCUUACACUUCGUUCUAGGGUUCGUAUCAGAACUCAGAAGCAAAGCAGAUUUGCCAUUUCAUGUAUUUUGUGGCACGCUAACAAAUUUCCUCUCUGUUCGUUCUGAACCUUCACGAUGUCGCCGAUGGUUCGGAGAGUGGCUGCCGUUGCAUUGUCUUCUGCAUCAUGCUUCAUUCGUACUCCUCUCUCACACAAAGGUAUUUCCGAUGCAGUCUUACGUUGUUCCUCUGCUUUAUGUUGUCGGAGACUGGCUUAUUCUGGUGUCGGAGACAGCGAUAUGUCGUUCAGAGAGAGAUUGAGACGUGGGUUUGCUGAUAGUAAUGUCGACGAAGCUGUUGCUUUGUUCCAUCAGAUGGCUCGGUCUCGCCCCCUCCCUUCAAUUAUCGAUUUCAAUAUGUUAUUGAGUGCCAUCGCCAGGAUGAAACGGUAUGAUGUUGUGAUUUUGCUUUGCAAAUCAAUGGAAUUGCUCGGGAUUUCACAUGAUUUGUGCACCUUCAAUAUUCUGUUAAUUUCUUUCUGUCGCUCACGUCAAGCGGUCUUAGGAUUUUCGGUGUUGGGACAGAUCAUGAAGUUGGGUUACGAACCUAGUGCUGUCACAUUCAACACCCUGAUCAAUGGGUUCUGCAUCCUAGGUGAAGUUUCCGCAGCUUUAGGCUUGAUGGAGCGAAUGGUGGAUGCGGGACUUCAACCUGAUGUCGUAACAUUUAACACUGUCGUCAACGGACUUUGUCUCAAGGGUAGAAUUCAUGAGGCAGUAACUUUGACAGAGCAGAUGGUAGAAAAAGGCUCUCAACCCGAUACUGUUACUUAUAACACCAUUUUGAAUGGGAUUUGCAAGCUAGGGGAUUCUACUUUAGCUUUGGAUUUGGUCAAGACGAUGGAGGAAAGGUGCACGAUGGUCACCGUCGUAACAUAUAAUACGAUUAUCGAUUGUCUUUGCAAAUCUGGGAACAUUGACGAUGCGUUGGGCGUUUUUAGUAACAUGAAUGGUCGAGGAGUUGUAUCGAAUGUUAUUACGUAUAACACUUUGAUUAAUGGCCUCUGCAGUUCAGGCAGAUGGAACGACGCCUCACAAUUUUUGAAGGAUAUGAUCAGAAGGAAAAUCAUGCCCGAUGUUGUUACUUUCUCCGGAUUAAUCGAUAAAUUCAUUAAAGAGGGGAUGUGUCUAGAGGCUAAAGAACUGUUCGAGCUGAUGCUCCAAAGAGGUUUGGUUCCAGAUACGAUCACUUAUACUUCACUGAUUGAUGGGUUUUGCAUGCAGAAUCGCCUUGAUGAAGCAAGACAAAUGUUUGAUUCUAUGGUUACCAUGGGAUGUUUUCCAAAUGUAGUGACGUUUGGUGCUCUCAUAAAUGGAUACUGCAAGUCUGGUAGGGUCGAUAAGGGUCUCGGACUCUUUAGCGAGAUGUCUCGAAGAGGGGUGGCUGCUAAUAACAUAAUUUACAAUUCUCUCAUUCAAGGAUCUUGCCAGACAGGCAACCUUGAUGCCGCCCAUACGCUUUUCUUCGAGAUGCAAUGUCAUGGUCCACUUCCUGAUCUAAUCACUCACACGAUUUUUCUUGAUGGACUAUGUAAAAAUGGAAAACUGGAUGAAGCAUUGGAUUUAUGCAGCAAGAUGGAAAAGGAUGGGAUGAGCCUUGAUAUAGUUGUAUAUAGUAUUUUCAUUCAUGGCAUGUGUAAGGCGGAAAAGGUUGACGAGGCAUUGCAAUUGUUUAAUUUGCUUUCGGAUAAAGGGAUGGAACCAAAUGUGAUAACAUAUAAUACGAUGAUUUCGGGACUCUGUCAGAGAGGUUUAUUUGGUGAAGCCGAGAAGUUAUUUAGUGAGAUGAAAGAGACUGGUUGUUUGCCGAAUGAUCGUACAUACAACACAUUGAUCCAGGGUUAUCUAAAUCAGGGAUACACGGUAAAGGGUAUCAAACUUAUAAAAGAAAAGAAGAGAUGUGGGUUCUCUGGAGAUGCGUCAACGAUAAAGAUUGUGGUAGAUAUGCUAUGUGACGGUAGGUUGGACAAAGAGUUUUUGGGUUCUCUUUGAUAACGGACCUUGCUUCCUGUGAUGGCAAUCAUCUGAGUACGAGACAGCCCGGUAAGGUUAUGAGGAAAGAUGAGAUGGAGUGCCAACUUCAUCUUUGAUGCAGAAGUCAACUUAACAAAGUCUUCUUGCUGAGGAAGACAUCACAAUAAGGUUGGCAUGAAACCUACUCUGGUUGCAUCAAUCAUUCUACAUGUUUGUCUCAUGAUGAAGCUGAAUUUAAAAGGUAACGUCUGUUCUGUUUUUCAUCGUUUGGUCCAAAUGAAAAGAAAACAUUUGUAAUGUAAUUUCUGAAAUAGAUCUGUUCCUUACCAUAUGGUCUCCUGUUUAAUCAUAUGGGCUACUUCAAAAUCGUUCCAUCCUAUUCCUAUUCUUAGCUUUAUUUUCUUAUUUUAUGAUAUUGUUGAGAUAAAAUUGUGCUAGACAUGCAUUUGAUUUGAAUUCAGCGAGUAAGAGUGUGUUCCUUUCUGGUAAGGGACAAUCGCAAUGGAUCUGAUCACUUCAUCAUGUCUUCUUUUUGGUGACUUAGAGGAAGUCAACUUCUUGCUGUAGAAAACAUCAUCACACAUAGGGUUUGCAUGAGAUCACCGCUCCUGAAUUACAAAUAAUGGCUUUGUAUCAAUAAAACCAUCAAAAUUUAUGCUAAUUAAAUUGUCGUUUCAAAAGGAUUCCUUCACGUAAAAUAAAACUAAAUAUCAUGCAAUUGUUUUUUGCAAUGUCCUAUGGAGUUUAGAAUCAAUGCCCAAAUAAGUCUACUUAAAAGGCCCAAUGGAUGUAAUAUAUAUAUAUAUAAAUUGCAACUCUUUUUGGUUUGCAUUAAUAUCCAAACAAAGUAUCAUAAGCUUUUAAUUUCCAUAUUUUUGUCUUUCAAUGUGUAAGAGGAGAUUUAACUAACAGAGACAAACCGGUCUUCCUGUUGCGUUGGGUUUGAUCUGCUUAUCCUUCAGUUAACGCUCUUAUGGGGUCGAUGAUGCAUUGGUCCGAUCUGACACCAACUAAAACUCGUCUCUUGGUCCCGACAGCCGCCGUGAUUGCCGAAACUUGGUGGAUGAGUGUUAAUAAACAGCAAACCCAACCCAUUAAAUGGAAAAAUGGAUGUUUCGGUUGGUCCGUUUUGUACUAUUGGUUCUUCGGCAAAGCUGGGCGAUGGAUGCAAACUAUAUCCUUCUAGCCACAUCUUUGGGAACACAAAAUUGGGGGAUUCUUGCGUCCUUAUGACGUAGGCCGGUUUUGCUCUUCUGACCGGUGGUAUAUGGUAUUUCCUCUCAAUUUUUUAACGUUGUUCUGGUGUGUGUGUGUAUAUGCCUUGAUUUUUGUCAGCCAGUGGUGCUGUUGUUGAUGAUGAUGAUCUCCCCGAGUUAUAAGGUAUAUCAACGUUAUUGGUCGCCAUGCUGUGGUUGGUCUUAAAUGCCAAGACAUGAAAUACAAGGCCGGGGAUAAUUGCUUUCUUCACAUUGGUAAUAACAAUGAGAUCAGAGAGUUCUGUUCGAUUCACAGAUUAUCAAAGUCCACCGAUGCUGGUUAUUGACCGAUAUGAGCAAAAUAUCUAGUCUUUAUGAAGUGUGUUCUUACAGUCUCUUUGUGGAACAGUUCAUUGGUGAGAACAAUCUAAUAAUGGGUUCUUGCCAUGUAUUGCUCAUGAUUGCAAGAUCGGUGACAACAACAUAUCUGCCAACAAUACUCUUCUUGCAGGCCAUGUGGUCGUAGAGGACUAUACACACAGCAAAAGCCACUGUGGUUCACCAGUUUUGCCACGUUGCUACUUGAAUGGCAUGAUUAUUUAGAGAUGUUGCAGGAACAAGGCAGAGAUCAGUACGGAGUUCCCGUGGUGCGGGAAAUGCAGUCAAUCUGGGAUUCUUUCUCUGAAAACCGUUGUGGGAUCUACAAGUUGAGGCAGUGGUCGGGUUCUUGAGUAUCACUGCCUAGUCUUCUCUCCCUUGUUUUGUUGUAUAUGGACCUCUUCGAUGUGUGUUCAAUCACAAACAAUGGCUGAAGCUACCUUUAAUAGAAUUUUUGCUUUGGUACCAAAAAGUACAUAUUGGUUUGAAGAA